AUGGCAAGCGUUUUUCAUUCUUUUUCUGAGGAGCCCACAUUUCAGGUUGGCUGGCCAUCCAUAGAGAGACCAUUUGGCCUUUACUUGUGGCCAAUAUUUUCCGCCGUGUUUGAAAAAGUGAUUGGAUACCCAGCUGAGAAAUUCGAAUUCGUCCACCGCCAGACGUUUUUGGCUAACGGUUACCAUGCUCUUAGCGUAAUUGCUGUGUACUAUAUCGUGAUUUUUGGGGGACGUGCUGUCUCGAACGCGUUGAAUGUACCAGCUUUGAAGUUGAAUGUUUUGUUCCAGAUGCACAACUUAGGCUUGACCAUGGCUUCGCUUAUUCUCUUGCUUUUGACCAUCGAACAGUUAGUGCCUAUCUGGUACCAUCACGGCUUGUAUUACGCUAUCUGUGCCGAAGGUGCGUUUGCGCCAAAAUUGGUCACUUUGUACUACUUGAACUACUUGACGAAGUACUGGGAGUUGAUUGAUACUGUAUUCUUGGUAUUGAAAAAGAAAAAGUUGUUGUUCUUACAUGUAUACCACCACGGUGCCACUGCUUUGUUGUGCUACACACAAUUGACCGGCUCAACCUCUGUCGAGUGGGUUCCAAUCUCUUUGAACUUGGCCGUGCACGUGGUGAUGUACUGGUACUACUUCUUGAGUGCACGUGGAAUCCGUGUUUGGUGGAAGGAGUGGGUGACUCGCUUCCAAAUCGUGCAGUUCGUAUUGGACUUGAUCUUUGUGUACUUUGCCACGUACAGUCACUUUUCUUUCAAAUACUUCCCAUCUUUCCCACAUGUGGGUGACUGUUUUGGGCUCGGAGUUGGCAGCGUUUUACGGUUGCAUGAUUUUGACCAGUUACUUGUUAUUGUUCAUUUCCUUUUACAUCAAGGUGUACAAGAAUGCUGGCAAAAAGAGGGCAUCUAA